AUGGACAAGCUCCUCAAUCUCAAUUCCAAGCGCCAGAGAGAUCGAAAAUGGGAGGACCUAGACCCAGACUGUUUGGCCAACGUCUUCGUCAAAGUCGGAAUUGAGUCUCUGCUCUUGUUCGUCCCCUUCGUCUGCAAGUCCUGGUACAGAGCGAGCAAGAACCCCGUGUGCUGGGAACGCCUCGUCUUCCCAGACAGCGAAGAAGAAGCUACAGACGAUCCAUGGAGCCUCGACGACAAUGCCGCCAAUCUUCCAUGGACCUACGCCAACCGCAUCGAAAGCCAGUCCUUCGAUUACUUCGUGAGGAGAUUCGCGCGCGAGUUUCAAAUCCACUGGACCCGUUUCUCAAUCCCUAGCUUCAUCAAAAUGGUCAUCAAUCGCAGCGGCGGCAACGCCAAGUUUCUGAAAAUCCCCGGGAUUUGCAGCCACUACGUGAACGCCAUUGAAAAAAUACUGGAACACAUCAGCAAGAACUGUAAGGGCUUCGUUGGGCUGCACGUGGCCUUCGCCGCGAUUGGCACGAGCGAGGCCUCUGCGAUCGUGAAAUUUGUGCCCAAUUUGAAGAGUGCAGAGAGCUUGUGCUUCUGGAUGUGA